UCCCGCUUCAGGAGGUGAACUAAAACUUAGUCCAGCAACACUGAGCCGGUCCAUGUGCAUUUUCCGUUUUUCCAAGGCCUAGCUUGUAGGCUGUUGCUGCUUUUAUAAGGUGUAUCUACAAUGGCUGCCCAAAUUUUCAACACUCUUGGCAAGCUAGGAAUCGGGCUUGCGAUUGCUGGUGGCGUUGCGAAUAGUGCACUGUACAAUGUUGACGGCGGUCACCGUGCAGUCAUCUUUGACCGCUUCACGGGAGUGAAGAACUAUGUUGUUGGAGAAGGAACUCACUUCCUCAUCCCAUGGGUGCAGCGCCCUAUAAUUUAUGAUGUCCGAUCACGUCCCCGUAACAUUCCUGUAGUCACUGGAAGCAAAGACCUGCAAAAUGUUAAUAUUACCCUCCGAAUCCUGUUCAGGCCUGUCCAAGAGCAGCUUCCACGCAUGUACACUACACUAGGCGUUGAUUACGACGAGAGAGUGUUGCCUUCCAUUACAACUGAAGUUCUUAAAGCUGUUGUGGCACAGUUCGAUGCCAGCGAAAUGAUUACACAGCGAGAGGUUGUCUCACAAAAGGUCUGUGAAGAGCUGACAGAAAGAGCGAGUACGUUCGGCGUAAUAUUGGACGACAUUUCCAUCACACAUUUGACAUUUGGCAAAGAGUUUACCCAAGCUGUUGAAAUGAAGCAGGUUGCACAGCAGGAGGCCGAGCGUGCUAGAUUCCUCGUCGAAAAGGCUGAGCAACAGAAGAAGGCAGCAGUUAUCUCUGCUGAAGGUGACUCCCAAGCUGCACAUUUGUUGGCCAAGUCCUUCGGCGAUGCUGGCGAGGCUCUAGUUGAACUUCGUCGUCUCGAGGCUGCUGAAGACAUCUCGUUCCAGCUUUCACGAUCCAGGAACGUUGUGUAUUUGCCUACUGGACAGAGCACACUGCUUAGUUUGCCUCAAUGAGGGGAAUUUUGAGGAGUCGACCACUUGUUAAAGGAGUCUUAUCAGUUGCUCUUUGAAUAGUGCUGCAUGUGUAGAACAAGAUGCUGUUAGCCUUUUAAUACUUUGGUUUUGUAUACACACCUCCACUGAAUGUCACACAGGUUAACUAUGCAGCAGGUUGUUGGUUACUGUGGAUGUUUUUGAACAAACGUGUAUCGCUGUUUGUCGCACGGGCACUGUAACCACAUCAGCUGACGGACGUGAAAGCAUUGACCAUAGGUUCUGAUGUUGGUGUACUCCCGAGGGGGCCUCCAGGAGGAAUAAACAUACAAGUUUCA